AUGAAGGGUAGCAAGUUCAACAACACCUUUGAAGAAGCCAUUAACCUUGAUGAUGACGAUUUCAUGAACAUUCAUUCAGGAGGUUCUAGUGUGGUGAUGCUUAGUAGGGAACCAUUAGCAAAAAAGAAGGUGAAAUGUCAUUUUGAAAAAGGUACUUCUUCUGUUAGUCAUAUUGUGUUAGAUUUAAUACACAGUAUGUGUGAUUCAAUGUAUAUGGCGGUGAAGGGAAUGUCAUACAGUCAGAAAGAAUUGGUAGGGGUGGAAUCAAUUGAAAUGCUAUAUUGUAGGAUCUGUGAUGAUAAGAAAAAAAUUGAGGAAGCAAUUAAGAAGGGGUUAGAAGAUGAUGCAAACAAUGAUGUGGUAAAAGAGUGGUCAAUAAAGGUGCGCCAACUUUUUAAUGAAAAGACAGUGGAACAUGGAGAUAAUAGCUCGCCCACAAAUGAAGCGACAAUGAAAACGCCCAUUAAAGUUGCAGUCAAUUCUGAGCAAAAUAAUUUUGUGAAAGGAUGUAGUUUUGUGAAAGGAAGUAGUCUGAUAUGCAAUGUUCAGUCUACUGGAAGGAAUAACGAGAAGACAAAGGUUGUGGAUGGGUGCGACUCACCUUCCGUACUCUUUCUGGAAUAUAAAGGAAAUACAUCAUUGGAUAGUCUAGUAGUUCUGACUCCUGGUUUUUUGAAUAUGUCUGAUGAAUUGUGGAAAGGAGCAUGA